CAGCGACGCCAGCACGAUGCUCGACACGUUCUUCGACAUCUCGCCUCACCUCACGUCCUUCCGGAAGCUGGAGAAGGAGUCCGGCCAGAGUAUGCACCUACGAGACCGCAAAGUGGUGCCCUGGAAGGACCGCGAGCGCUUCGAGGUGGUCUACAAAAUGCAUCUCCAGGUGAUUGCUGCCCAGGAAGAGAACGCGCGUCGUGCUCAGGUGGCUCAGUACGUUCCUCCGCGUCAUGACACGCACUCGAGUCACCAACACCAACACCAACACCGACACAGUCACCACCGCCACCGUCAAGAGAGAGACAACGUUGGUGUUGACAGUGAAGAUGAGGAGCUAGUUCCCGCAAGUAUGGUGGCGCCCGUGCAUGUUGCACCACUGCCAGCUCCUGUGGAGCAGAGCGCGGCGGUGCACGUUGGUCAUAAGUCAGCCCCCGCGGUGAAGCUGCACACGACGGCUGAGGAGGAGCGUCCUGGCGAGUCUGUCAAGGAACGCAUCGCUCGAAUUGGCCACCGCCUCGUUAUCGAAGCCUUUGAGGCUUAGAUUGUGGCCACACCAACAUGGCUAUCUUCUCAUUUCCUUACAGCUUAAUUAAAUAGACACUUCAAAACCAUU